CCGAGGCGCCGUCCUAAAAUUGUGGAGAUGGAACUCCGGGCCUCCAGGACAAGCUUCACCCAUUCAUCAUCAUCUUCCAUUCACGUCUGGGGAACUGUACAUCUAUCGUAAUCCUAAUCUCCCUUUCCAAUUGAUCUGAGCACUGUACUAUCUCAUCAACUUUUGUCCUCAAUUAGCACACUGCGAUCGACAGGACAGCGCGACUCAGCCUUUGGUAUAGCUACAUCUGACGGAGCUAUCGCGACGACAUUCACCACCGGGAUAGAUAGCUUGACACACCACCUGAAAGCAUCGGACACCAUGGCAUCGCCAACCGGCACAGAUCUUCUCAUCCCCUUCCAGGAGGCGGCUAUCGAAGACAUACAGCCUACGUAUGACAGACUUCGGGCAUCGUACCGUUCGGGAAAGACCAAGAACAUUCAGUUCCGUCUCCAGCAGCUGCGCAAGCUCUACUGGGGCCUCACGGACCUCGAAUCCGUCAUCUUCCAGAGUCUCUGGAAAGAUCUCCACAAGUGCCACCAUGAGGCUGUCCUCACCGAGGUAGACUGGUGCAAGAAUGAGAUCCUCUUCUUCGUCAAGAACCUGGAGAAGUUUGCCAAGGAUCAGCCCAUCGAUGAUGUCCCGGCCACCUUCUGGGCCAUGAAGCACCGCAUCCGCUCGGAGCCGUACGGAACUGUCCUUGUCGUAGGAGCCUUCAACUACCCCUUCAUGCUAUCCGUCCUCCCCCUGCUGGGCGCCAUUGCCGCUGGCAACACUGUGCUCGUCAAGCCCUCCGAGCACGCGCCUCACACGGCCAUGGCCAUCAAGAAGCUCGUGGAGUGUGUCGACCCAGACUGCUAUGCCGUCCUCAACGGCGCCCUUCCCGUUUCUCAGGCUGUCCUCGACCUCAAGUUCGACAAGAUCGCCUUCACCGGCUCCCGUGCCGUGGGCACCAUUGUCGCCAAGAAGGCGGCCGAGACCUUGACGCCCGUUCUGCUGGAGCUCGGAGGCCAGAACCCCGGCUUCGUCACCAAGAAUGCAGACGUCAAGCUGGCAGCCCGCCGUCUGCUCUGGGGAAAGUGCAGCAACGCUGGCCAGGUCUGCAUCUCACAGAACUACGUCAUGGUCGAGCGCUCCGUCCUCAACCAAUUCAUCGCGGAGCUGAACACACAAUACCGCAUCUUCUACCCCAAUGGCGCUCAGAAGAGCCCCGACUUCUGCCGUAUCAUCAACCGGCCCAGCUUCGACCGCAUCAAGGGCAUGCUUGAUUCGACCGGCGGCAAGAUUGUGCUGGGUGGCCGCACGGAUGCGGAUGACCUCUACAUCGAGCCCACUGUGGUGUUGGUCGAUGAUAUUAACGACAGCAUGAUUAUCCAUGAGAGCUUUGGGCCCAUCUGGUCCGUCGUGCCGUACGAUGACCUCGACAAGGCGAUUGAGUUUGCCAACCAAGUCGAUUCUACGCCGCUGUCCAUGUUUGCGUUUGGCAGCGAUGCCGAGACGAAGAAGAUCAUGGACAGUGUCUCCUCGGGUGGCGCGACCAUCAACGACUCCUACACCCACGCCUCCCUGACAGUCGCCCCCUUUGGCGGUGUCGGCGCCUCCGGCCAGGGCAACUACCACGGCAAAUACUCCUUCAAGGCGUUCAGCCACGAGCGGACCAUUGCCAAGGUCCCCGCCUGGGUCGACAAGCUGCUGCGCGUGCGCUACAUGCCGUACCAGCGCUCGGAUCUGGAGCGAUUCCGCAAGAUGCAGGCUGGCUCUGUCAACUUUGACCGCCAGGGCAACGUCACCCGCGGUCUCGGCUACUGGAUCGCUCUCGUCCUCGGCCUGGGCGGGUCGAGCGCAAAGGGCGCAGCGGUGAGGUGGGGGAUCCUGCUCGCGGUUGCUGUGUCCCUUGGGCUAAAGAGGAAAACGCUAGGCCUUUGAACAACCACGCGCCUCCAAAGGUUGUCGAGUCGCGCGAGUAACUAUCGCACAGAUGUCGUAGGUAUGGGGCGCGAUGCUUGCGAUGAUACGCAGUAUGUACGGUGAGGACGAAUUAUAUCCCCUCUCUUUUUGAUGGAUGGUAGGCAAGUUUGCUUUUGGAGUUGAUCUUUGUUACUUUCCUCUUUCUACAUUUCCCUGAGCCAACACUCGCUUCACGUUAGUGCAAGGUCGCAAUCAAAACUCGAU